AAGUUGACCGGCUCGGAGAUGAUCACCCUGCAGGCUCAGUUCGGGGCUCUGUGGGCUCUUGGCGCCGCGCUCACCUCGGUGCUGUCCGCGCUCCUGCUGCUGGCGCUCACCCAGCAGCUGUGGAGCCUCCGCUGGAGCCUGACCCGGGACAAAGAGAGCAGCCUGCCGCUGCCGAAGGGCUCCAUGGGCUGGCCGCUGGUCGGAGAGACCUUCCACUGGCUGUUCCAGGGCUCCAACUUCCACAUCUCCCGAAGAGAACGUCACGGCAACGUGUUCAAGACCCACCUGCUGGGGAAGCCCCUCAUCAGGGUCACGGGGGCUGAGAACAUCCGCAAGAUCCUGCUGGGCGAGCACAGUCUGGUGUGCACCCAGUGGCCCCAGAGCACCCGCAUCAUCCUGGGGCCCAACACCCUGGUCAACUCCAUCGGGGACCUGCACAAGAGGAAGAGAAAGAUCCUGGCUAAAGUGUUUAGCCGAGGGGCCCUGGAGUCCUUCCUGCCCCGGCUGCAGGACGUCAUCAAGUCUGAAAUCGCCAAGUGGUGCUCGGCGCCAGGUUCCAUCGAUGUUUACAGCGCCGCCAAGUCCUUGACGUUCCGUAUCGCCGUCCGGGUCCUGCUGGGUCUGCAGCUGGAGGAGGAGCGGAUCGUGUACCUGGCCGGCAUCUUCGAGCAGUUGAUGAACAACCUGUUCUCGCUCCCAAUAGACGCUCCGCUCUGCGGCCUCCGCAAGGGAAUUAAAGCCAGAGAAAUCCUGCAUGCCAACAUGGAGAAAAUCAUCGAGGAGAAGAUGGCGCGGCAGCAGUCGGAUGACGAGUAUCAUGACGCCUUCGACUACAUGUUGUCCAGCGCCAAAGAGAUCGGACAGGAGGUCAGCAUCCAGGAGCUGAAGGAAACAGCAGUGGAGUUGAUCUUCGCCGCUCACUCCACCACAGCCAGCGCCUCCACGUCUCUGAUUCUGCAGCUCCUUCGUCACCCUGCGGUGGUGGAGAAGGCCAGAAUCGAGCUGGAGGCUGAGGGCUUGGGCUACGAACCCCCCAGAGGUCUCAGCUCCUCUGGCGCCACCACCGAGAAAGACCCCUACGCCAGCGUCACAGAGACAACCUGCCUGCUAAACGAAGUGUGUCAGAAUCCCAGCGACCAGAAUGGUUUCCCGCUGUCCCAGUCUCACAUACCGUACCUGAGCCUGGACAAGCUGAGCCAGCUGCGAUACGUCGACUUUGUCAUCAAAGAGGUGCUGCGCUUCCUGCCGCCGGUGUCCGGUGGCUACCGCACGGCCCUGCAGACGUUCGAAUUAGACGGCUACCAGAUCCCUAAAGGCUGGAGUGUAAUGUACAGCAUCCGUGACACCCACGAGACCGCAGCCGUCUUCCAGAGCCCGGAGCUGUUCGACCCAGAUCGGUUCGGCCCGGACCGGGAGGAGAGCAAGUCGGCUCGGUUCAGCUAUGUGCCGUUCGGUGGCGGCGUGCGAAGCUGCGUGGGGAAGGAACUGGCGCAGAUCAUCCUCAAGACUCUCACUGUGGAGCUGAUCGGAACCUGCAAGUGGGCUCUGGCCACCGAGAACUUUCCAAAGAUGCAGACGGUGCCGAUCGUGCAUCCAGUGAACGGGCUGUACGUGCACUUCACGUACAACUACACACUUUAGACACAAACUCAGCCUGACGAACCUUUUCAAAAAAAUAAAGAGAGAACUCAGUCAAGAGGAAAUUUUACCUCAAAUCCUGAUUCUGGAAAUAUCGGCGAACAUGAUAAAGGAGGCAAAACCGCGGUGACUGAUACUGCAGUCCAACCCCCCCCCCCCCUGUCUUGAUGGACACGAACAGUGUGAAUUACCUGGCCACAACAGCGGGCUAUCAGGCGAUAUAUAUAUACAAGAUUUCAUGGAUGCACAUCGAGCCAAGACACUAAGUUCCGCACAUGCUAACAGAUCAGUGAAGCUAGUAACGCUAACUAUAACUACACAACUACUCACACAACUACACAACUGAUACCUGUAACAGAAUAAACACAGACGCACCUCCUUCGACUCGCCUGUGCAGACACACCAGUGUUAGCUACUGGCGUCUCUUGCUAGCUUAUUAUUGUGUGACGGGUUUUUCAUUGUGGAACCUUGGCGACAGCACCCCCUGUUGGUAGCAGGUCAUACCAGCAUCAACCUGUUAUUCAAAGGCAAUGAAAGAGGAAUCACUACAUCAAUAUCUUAACUUAUAUCUGUAAAUUCAUAUUUUUGAUGAUGAAUACUGAACAAAAUAAGCUUGUUUGUGAAAAAUCUUUUUGUAAAUAUUUUCCAGACGCUUGUAUUUCACACUCAGGAGAUGAGAAAGAGGUUUACGUUGGUUCUUCGGAGCAUUUCAUCUUCUCUUCGGUUCAGUUUAUUUAUUUAUGCAUCAAGGUCACAUCAGUAAGAAGCGCUAAGUCUCUGAAAGCUAUUAAUAACAGGUCAGGUGUAACAUCAUUUCCACCAACACUAAAUGGUGUUUUACAGUCAAUUAAGCAAAGUAGCUUUCAGCUAUAUCAUAUUCUCUGCAUCUUUAUUCUGUAAAUACAUUUUAACUUAUUGAAAUAUAAAGACAGGGACAGUAAGUCUAGUUUGACAUCCGAGACCGAAAUGUGCCGUUAAUUUAGCCUCGAAACUUGUUGUGGUCGUGCAUGCUGAGCAGAAAUCCGAGAGCUGUCUGUAUUUAAAUUAAUGAAACUUUAUCGAUUCUCUGACAGCUUUUUUGAAAACUCACAAAGUGCAACUGGUCAAAUUUUGCAUCUCGGGAACUCGACCCCUGAUUUUCUCCAGAUUUUUUUAAUCAAAUCCGUUUCUAGUUCUGUCCUCAUUUUCAUUUUCAUCUUUGGCCUUCGAUACCUGAGACGUGGAUAAGUUCUACCUGUGCAGAAACAGAAAGAUGAGAAACAUCUGGACUCACGUUCGUUCAGUCCCACGAUGCAACAACAAACCACAGAAACACGUUCACUGAUGGAGCUUGCACUUGAUCUUAACUCACAAUCAGGAACUUCUCUGAACGUCUCAAUACAUAAAAAUCUACUCUGUUGUCUUAAUAUGAAUGUGUUAUACUGUAUAUCCUUAAAAGUGCUAUUAUUGUGUGUAUGAAAUGAAGUAGCAUUAUGAAUAAGCUGUAUUUAAAACGCAGAUGUAUAAUUUCUGUUUCACUCUCUGUAAUAUGAAUAGAUAGAGACACUAAUUUGUAAAGACCAGAAAACCUUGUUUCUCUGUUAGAAACUGUCUUUGUUUAGAGCAGCGUUCACUGAGAGUCAACUUAUUAAUAUUAUUAUUAUUGGUCUAAUUCUGAGACUGUGUGUGUGUUGGUUUUGAAGCCUAAUGAGACGCGCUGUGAAAUGUUACGUACGAUGGAUCUGUGGAAGGAGAUAGCACUUUCUCCACUUUAAGGAGUCUGUAUAUAUUUGUCCUGUGUGUUGAGUGUGUAGCUGCUGUACAGUCGAUGUAAAGAGUAAAUUAGAAGAUGGUGAAGUAUCUUGUUCUCAUCAUGUUUAAUUUUAUAUUUCUUACUGUAACUGAAUGUCUAAAUAUUCAUACAAACAUAAAAUCCU